UUUGUAACAAGGGGAGGGAUUCUUUGGGCGGAAGGAAGGGGGAGAGAGAGUGAAUGGAUAGUGUUAAAAAUAUGGAAAAUAAAAUAAGAAAAAAAGACUACCAAUUAGGAAGAAAAAAAAGAAAAAGAAGUUCGGAAGGGAGCACAAAAGUUUUAUUAUUUUCUUACUAAAUGUUACCUACAUUUUAAAACAAACUGCACAUUAGCAAAAAUUAAGUUUCAUACACAAUCUUUUUUUGUACAUUUGUAUUCUUAUUAUUGUACAUUUGUAUACUUAUUAUUCUGAGGUUGAUCUGGUGACAAGUUUGUUUCUUGGAAGCAAUGAAAACCUAAAUAUAUAUAGCUAAAUAUACUAACAAAUUAUAUUUAGUUAUUAAUAAUCACUGAAGAUAAGUUAUUGAAUAUUAAUCAGUAAUUGCUCAGGAGAAAUGACAAUAAAGGAGAACUCAUCAGAGAGAACUAGCGCUGAGAAGAAAAUAAGUUUUAUUAAGCACCUACCCCUACUAUGUGUCAGAGGAGCAAUUAGCAUUUAUAUGGUACUUAUUUUAUUUGGUAAACAUUUUUAAAAAAUAUGGUGUUUUAAGGUUUACUAAGUGCUUUUCAAGUCUUUUUGUAGCUAAGUGGCUCCGUGAAUGGAGUCCCAGCACCUGGAAUCAGGAAGCCCCGAGUUUAGAUCUAGUCUUACUAGUUGUAUGACCCUGGGCAAAUCACCUCACCUUGUCUGCCUCAGACUGAAAUGAAAAACCACUCAAGUAUCUUUUCCAGGAAAACCCCGAAUAGCAUUGGACAGGAAGUCAGACAAUUAAACAACAAUAAUACUAUGGCCCAGCUACCGUGAUGAGUAGUCUAGUGAUAACUAUCUCAUUUGAUUCUCAUGACAACCCUGUGAGGUAGGUGCUAUGAUUACUCACAUUUUUUUUAAAAUAAUUUUUUAUUGAUAGAACGCAUGCCAGGGUAAUUUUUUACAGCAUUAUCCCUUGCAUUCAUUUCUGUUCCGAUUUUUCCCCUCCCUCCCCCCCCCACCCCUUCCCCGAGAUGGCAAGAGUCCUUUACAUGUUGAAUGGUUUGCAGUAUAUCCUAGAUACAAUAUAUGUGUGCAGAACCAAACAGUUUUCUUGUUGCACAGGGAGAAUUGAAUUCAGAAGGUAUAAAUAACCCGGGAGGAAAAACAUAAAUGCAAGCAGUUUAUAUUCAUUUCCAGUAUUCUUUCUCUGGGUGUAGCUGCUUCUGCCCAUCUUUGAUCAAUUAAGACUCUCUUUAUCAAAGAGGUCCACUUCCAUCAGAAUACAUCCUCAAACAGUAUCAUUGUUGAGGUAUAUAAUGAUCUCCUGGUUCUGCUCAUUUCACUCAGCAUCAGUUCAUGUAAGUCUCGCCAGUCCUCUCUGUAUUCAUCCUGCUGGUCGUUCCUUACAGAACAAUAAUAUUCCAUAACGUUCAUAUACCACAAUUUACUCAACCAUUCUCCAAUUGAUGGACAUCCUUUCAUUUUCCAGCUUCUAGCCACUACAAACAGGGCUGCCACAAACAUUUUGGCACAUACAGGUCCCUUUCCUUUCUUUAGUAUCUCUUUGGGGUAUAAGCCAAGGAUUACUCACAUUUUACAGCUGAGUUAAACUGAGGCAGACAGAUGUUGAGGGUCUAGGUCUGAAUCUUGCCUGGGCAAGAUGGGGCAAAUCACUUUCCUCAUCCAUAAUGAUAUCGGACUGUAUAAAUUCCAAGUUCUUUUGUGAUUUUAAGGACACUGUGGUUUUAGGUCAGUCUAUAUUCUCUCCAUUUUAAGACUUGGAGCAUCUGGCCUUUUUAUCACCUAGGAAAUAUGGGGGAGGUGGAGAAAAGAAGCAAAGGCAGACUCCUUCCAUCUCCUUCACUAUAGGCUUUGUCAAUGAGGGAACAAUGAAAUGAAAUAAUGUUUUCAAAAAAAAAUAAUUAAUGCGUUCUCCUGCUAUUUGAAAUUCAAUAUUCAAGGCACGACAUGCAUGGAGUUAAUAACAGCUUUAAACCAAUUUUAUCUAAUUUUGCUUAGAAGAGACUUAGAAGCUUCCUGGGCAGCCCGAGGUUGAGAAACACAAGUGGAACAGACAGGGGAGUCAAGUUGGGGUCCUCAGGUGUAGUGAGGAUCGAGAAUAUGACAUCAUGACAUCCUAGAUUUGGGAUUGAAAAAUCAUCUAAUUCAAAGCUUCUUAAAUUGUGGUCAUAUAACUAAAUGUGGGGAUUGUGAAACUAUGAUUUAUUAUCAGUAAAUGUUUGAUAUUUAUUCCUAUAUUGUAUUGUGUAAAAAUUUCUUGGGUUAAAAGUGGAAAAAGUUUAAGAAGCCUUGCUCUAGUUUACCAAAUCUAGUUUACCAAAACUGUAGGUUUGUCCACUCAUGUAAAUAGUCAAUGGUAGAGCUAAGAUCCCAGCUCAAGUCUCUCGACUAGAAAUUCAGCAGCCUCUUCCUUUUAGUGGCACCCUGGCACAUUGGCAAAUUUAUGUCUUGUUUCACCUCACCUCUCCCAGUCCCCGAUGAAGUCCUUCCUUUGUUUCAAAACCCAACUCAAAGAUUACCUCUUUCAUAAAGGCUUCCAGGAUCCUUACCAUUGUGAUACUUACCAUCAUCCCUCCUUCCUCAAACUUCUAGCUUGUUUUAGACCCCUCGAACUAAUUUCAGUUUUUCUCCUUUCAUAAUUAUUUGUAUACAUAAAAUACCAUUGCUCCAAUUAGAUUGCAAAAGCCUUGAAAAUGGGGACAUACAAUUUUCUAUGUAUCCUCAGGCUUAAGGGAUUUGUACUUGUCCAGAAGCUUAAUGCUUGAAUUGAAUUGUCUCCAUUCAUUUAUGCAUUUUUACAAUUAUGUAAUAUGUAAUGAAAUGCAAUAAUGUAAUACUUUGAUAAUGUAUCGUAUAAUGUAAUGCUUUAAUUGGCAGUUAGAUGCUUGAUACAUGGCAGAUGUGUGAUAAAUGUGAGUCCCCUUUCAUUCUUCUUAAAGUAUGACUCUGAGCAAGGGGAUACCAGGAGACUUCUUCAGGGAGUCAGCUCACAACUAUUUCAUAAUGAUAUUAAAAUGUUUUCAUUUCUAAUAUAUGUCUGUCUAUAUAAAAAUAUAUCUCUCUUUGGAUAUAUCUAUAUAUCUAAUAUAAAUGUAAUCCACAUAUACAAGAGUUCUUUGGGUUAUAUCCUCAAUAUUUCUAAAUGUAAAAUUAAGACCAAAAAUUUUGAUUAUUAAUGUAAUGAAAAAAUGCUGCAAAAAAACUGGCGAUAUAGGGUCAGAUUCUCAUCUUUCUUAGUUUUCUCACCUGCUAAAUACUCUCGUCCUAGUAAUCUUAUACAAGGUUGUAAGCCUUAUCCUAGUAAUCACAGGGUUGUGAAUUCCAAUGAAAUUAUGUCUGUAAUUUAGUUUAGCUGUGUCUGACUCUUUAUGUUUAACCUCAUUUGGGAUUUUCUUGGCAAAGAUACUUGGUCAUUUCCUUCUCCGGCUCAUUUUACAGGUGGGGAAACUGAGACAAACAUAGUUCAUCGGCUUGCCCAAGAUCACACAGUUAAUGUCUCAAGGUGCAUUUGAACCCCAGGCUCAGUGUUCUAUCCACUGCUCCAUUUAUUUCCCACUAUUAUGUAUGUAAAGUGCUUUUCAAACUACUAAUUAUUAUUGUUAAGUGGAGGUAGAAUGUAUUAGUGAUGGCAAUUUUCUAAGUUGUUUUAAAUGUUCUAAAAUACGGUGACUAAUAUAAUUAUUAUAAUAUGAAUAUAAUAUACAUUACGGUUAUAUUGUAUUGAUAAAAUAGUAUAAGAGGAUUAGAUUAGAUGGCUCCUAAGGUCCCUGCUAGAUCGAAACCAGUCCUUGGGGGGAUGCAUCCAAGAUUCCCGGUUCCACCAGCCCGGGAUGGAUGGGAGAAGGCCGCGCAGCAAUCCUCAGCGAGGGGCUCACCCUACCCCACAUUCUCCCGGGCGCCGCUCCUGAUAGGCUACUGGUUGCUAGGAGACCGUCUCCCCGCAACCGACCGCGUCCCCUCAGAGCAGGCGUCCACCCUGUCGGUGAGCCCACGGAUACUCUAGCAGUCAUGGAUACUCUAAAAGUCCCGGACGAUUGGACCUCGACCUCAACCUCAACCUCGAGCAGUAUCUCCCCAACCUCGUCUUCCGGCGGCUCGUGGUCGGACUCGUCCCCAAGCCGCAGCGUGUCGCCGGUGUUAAAAGUGAGCAUGCCCACCGUGUACCCUAUCUUAGAGUCGGAGAAUCUCGCAAGCUACAGGAGCCCGCCCCCGGAGAGCGACCAGGCGGAGGCCUCGGCCCCGCCCGAGCCCACCUUGCCAACCCCCAAGCAGCGCAAGGCCGCCACCGAGACUCCCACGCUGCUGUCCAUCACGCGGCCGCUGCCCAUCCGGGCGCUGCUGAAGCGCUACCUGGAACGCCAGGAGUACUUGGAGUACGAAGGUGGCACCCUGCCGCCCUCGCCGCCCAGGGCCAGCUACAUCACCGAACUGCCCGCAGCCUCCUUCUACGGGCCCCUGGACGCCAAGAACCCGGUGCUCCUCUCCUUCGAGAAGGAGGUGCAAGGCGUGCUGGGUUUCCUGCGCAGGAAGCUGGACAAGGACUCCACCCUCCAGGAACGGCAGAACUUUCAGCACCGCAGUGCCAACACCCUGUUCAAAAUCUGGAACAAGUAUAAGUCCCGCCUGCCGUCUGACUACUACUACGAGCAACUUUUGAAGGUUGGAGACAGCCUCGUUAAAAUAGAGGAAUACAAACUGGCCUUGUCACAGUGCUAUAGAAGGUAUCUUUGCCGGUUCGACUGCCCUAUUGAAGAAGACAUGGAUGUUAGUCAAUUCAAAAGCAGCUUUUUUCCCAAAGACCUGGAAGACCCGAGUUCCAAACUAACAUUUCGUGCUUUAGAAGGGAAAUGCAUGUGCCUUUACCAUGUGAUCUGUGCCAACGAUCCCCAUUUUGGGAAUGAGCUGAGUGUGAAUCAGUGCUUUGACAUAUUGUCGACUUGGCGACUCAUCAUGCAAGUGGCCCUCCCCUUCGAGAAACUCUGCUGGAUCGUCUACAAUGGUACAAUUCAUAUAUAUAAGAUUUGCAGGAAGUUGAUGGUUAUUGGACUGUCUGCAAAGGCCUUGGAAUACUUGCUCUGGGCAAGUAUCUCUAUGGAAUCCUCCACACCCCUCUUGGGGAUUAGAUAUCUGACUUGGAGAGCUACCCUUUACACCGCUGUUUCCCAGUGCUACUAUGACUGCCAAAGUGGAGCUCAAGGAGAGAUAUUUGCUCGGCGAGGCCUGGGAAAAAUUGAUGAAUUAUUGCACUUACAAGUAAUAAGCCUCACACCACCACGGCAAGAAGCAAAAAGAUGCUUUAGAGAGGCCACCAUAAAGAUGGCAGUGAUGAUCUUCAAGAGAGCAGUAUUUGAACCUCGAAGAAAGACCAAGUCUUUCAUAAGGACGAAACCAAGAAUUAACUUACGGGAAAUACAGAAUCUGCAAUGGCCACGCACUACCACAGAAAAGUUAUUGACUGAGAUGUUCGACAGCACCUCGGCCCAAUUUCUGGCUGUCUUGGAAGCUAUUACAGAACCGAGAAGGCGAGUGCUGCAAACCGGGCCGCCCAUCUCAGAGGAGCUGGAGAUCCGGGAAGUCUAUGCCGAGCUCUUCAUGGCAGGAGGCGAGCUCUUCUCAGAUAUAAGUGGUGGUCCCAUAGUCUGUGGGAAGUAUGACUUUUUCAGAACAAUCUAUUCAAAUUCUACUCAACUGAAACUCGUCGUUGAGGGGAAAGAUGGAGUUUCUAUAGCCGCUGCGGGGAAAAUGAUAAAAUUAUCUUUCACCUAUGAGGAAUGGAAUUUAUUUAAUUGUACUGCUGUUCAGUUUAUCAAAUUCCUCCAGAGUCGAAAGGAUCCUGCUUCGAAGAAAAUGGAGAUGGAGUUAAGGCUUCUGGCUGCGAUGGAGCCCUUGAUCAAUGUAAAGAGAAAUAAAGGCUUGGCCUUCAGUGGGGAAGGAGGCAGCAGCGCCACGGAAGGUGUUCGAGGUGGGACGAAAAAGAUCGCUUUUCAGGAGUCUCACUUGUUGUCUGGAAGCUAUUCUGAUGAUAUUUUCCACUUGGGAUCAAUGCUAUAUUCCUUCACUUGUUCAUCUAAUGAGCAAGUUCAACCUGAUAAUGAGAUCAUUGUUGAUCUGAUUAUGUUCCUGUGGCAGAAAUGCAAAAUGGGAAUCCAGCGAAUCUAUUCGUUUAAAAUGGACUAUUACAAGUUUGUCCAGAAAGUCAAAGCUAGCAAGUGGGUUCAUCUGCUUUGGCAGAUAAAUGAAAUGAUUCAUAUUUGUCACUUGGAAUAUCUCAACCCUGUGAUUGUGGCUGAAGUUGCAUUAAGACUAAGUGAAAUAUUGGAGUCUUUAGGAAAUCCAGCAAAAAAAUUUAAAAAAUGUUCAGGCUUAGGAAACAAAAAUUAUUUUGACCAAAACUUCUUCCAAAAAGGUUGUUCUGAUAUUCUUCAAAUAUUAAAGAAAACACCUGAAGAGCAAUUACUUUUGGCUUAUGAGGUUCUCGGCCAAGCCAUUACGAUGAUAGGGUUGUCUCGUUCAAGAACUACAUUGCUCAAUGGAACAUCAGUAUAUGAUCAUUGUUAUACCAAUGUUAUCCCUCCAACAGAAGAAAAAAUUGACAAGCCACUUACAGCCAAUAGUUUCAUCAUGGACUUGCAACUGGAGAUCAUUAUGACUCAGCAUCAGAUCGCUGUUGCACUUCUUGACCAACUUAAAGCUUGGGACACUCCUCUCCAGAAAACUGUCUCUUCCAAAGAAGCUCAAAGUUCACAAGGGUCUACCACCACUAGUUAUUUCACAGAAUCAUAUGUACUGGGAAAAAUCAACAAGAAUCGGCUCUCUAAAGCAAGUUACUUGAUGCAGAAAGCUCUGCUAUUAUUUGAGAAAGAUCCCCACCAGGAUCCCAAAUUACUAGAGGAAGCAUUGUCCUUAAUUAAGAAGACUGAAUCAGAGCAAAGUGCUUUGUACUCAUAUCAGAAAGAUGCAGAGGAUGCUAAAAUACCCAGUGGCAAAGUUCCUUCUCCUCCCAUACUGCUAUCUAGAACUCAUUGUUCAGUGACAUUUAAACCUGCUCCAUUUAUUUCCGACAAAAAGGUUUUUUGGUAUGCCAUUUUCGGAUGUCCAGUGGGACCGUGUAUUGGAAAAGUAAGACUGAACAACCAUCUUCUUGCAAACUCUGGACAACCAGUACCAGCUAAUGAAAAAACCCUUUUAAAAAUUGUUGGUUUAGAGCCUAAUGAAAAAUACAUAUUUGCAGUUGCUGCUUAUGGCUAUAAUGGAGAACUAGUAGGCAAAGCAAUUGGAGAGACGUCUAAGCCAAUUCUGGUUUACAUGCCACUUUCUACUAUUACUACUCGCUUAUAUUUGACUGAGGUUGCCUAUCAAAUUGGUAAAUAUUCAUUGGCCAAGAAAGCCUUUGCACCAGUUUGGGAUUAUUUUGUCUAUACUUCUCCAACAAAUUUAUCCAUUAUUUCUUUAAACAGCGCAUUAACUAUUAUACCAUACAGGUUACGUACAGAUGUCUUGUCAGAGUCUUCAACAUUUCUUUUAUACCAUUUCCUGAGAUGUAUUUUUGUAACAAGUAACAUUAAUAUUGUGGAGCAAAAGCUUUUCUGUGAUACUGUUAAGGGAAAUGAUGUUUUCACCUGUCAACAAGCUUCCAGAAUAGCUGAAUGUCAGAGAAUGCUAGUGGCAAUUGAACUUAGUACCUAUUUAAAUGAUUUGAAUUAUUCCCUACAAGCCGUUGUUCAGUGCUAUGGUCUCCUGGCCCCUCUAAUCUUUCACAACAUUGUUCUGGUACCAAUAGUCCAGAUUCUAAUCAAGUGUUUGGUAGUUUUGCAAGAAAUCCCAAAUAUUAGCAUUCACAAGAGACAAAUGGGAAAUUUUGAUAGUAUCCAGCAUAUGAUCGCAUGUUCUGUUUAUUACACGACGAAGGUGCUGCGUUCAUGGAAGGAAUUUGACCUUGCAGUGAUAAUUAUAAAUUUUGGGAAAAAGCUGCUAGAUACCACACAAGGGUUAUUUUCAAAUGUCACUAAACCUUCCUUUAGUGAUGAUGAACAAGAAGAAAUGUUAGAGGAGGGCAUCUCUGUCAAGAAAGUGAAGAAAUCCAAAGCACACAUCGUCAUGUUGGACAAAAUCAGUGAGCAACUCAAUCUCAUGGAAGCACAGCUACUCAAAUUGACAAAACAAUAUCCGUUUGUUGAACUCACAGGAGCAGAAGAUCCCCUUUUUCUCUACCCUAUAAUUUUAACUUGGACACUCAGAAGUGCCAUGAGAGAAGUAAUGAAAUUCAAGAAUAAACCUCGUUUUCUGGAAUUCUUUGUUCAAGUCAUGACAAAAUGUCUUCAUGAAGAGAAAUUUCACUAUGUGGUGGAGAUGGCAUAUACUGUUCAAAACUAUCUAAAAAGGAGAAACGAAAGCUUUCUUGGAAUAAAGAAAGCUGCAACUGCAGAAAGUACUACAACUCAUGAAGACCAUAAAAAGUACAAGGCAGCUGCCAUGGAAAUUCAAAAAUCCACAGAUUUACACCUUGUGAAGCCAAAAACUAAUAAAAAAGAUGUUCUACGAGAUUAUUUUACCAAGCACCACUCAUUGUUAGGAAUGUCAGAAACGGAAAAAUUUAAGAGAGUUGAUGUUAAAAAAUUGGCUUUAAAAAUCCUGUCGGAGUUCUUGUCCCCCAAAACGGUUUCCUAUAUAAAAAGAAAAAGAUUGCAUCAAUUAUUUAUUGAGGAGUUACCCUGGAGAGCUCAGAUGAACAUACAUUUGGCACAUGCUCAUUUCAGCUUAUUCAAAAUCAAACUCAUAGAGCGUAAGAAGAUUAAAGUUUACAAUUCACAAAAUAUGAUGAGCUUUCGAACUUUAGACCCUGAUACAUUCUUACUCUACAAUUCUGGAGCGCUGUUGGCGGAGGAAAAUGUUAAUACGGAAAAUUACAAAGCAAUGCUUGAAUUCCUGCUUUCAAGCAAAAUAAGAAAGACCAACAUGUCAGAUGUUGAUGAAUUUUCUUAUAGCAGCUCCAAAAUGAGUGAAGGAGAAAGCCCCAAAGUAGUGGUUUCAACUGAAGUAGAAACUAAUCCUAAAGAUCGAACAGGAAAUUUUGGAGUCUUGGACAAUUUUAUCAGAACCUUUAUGCAUUGCAAAAGAGCAGUGGUUCUUGCUCAUCGUGGUGGUUAUUGGACCUUACUUCAGAAUGCCUCCCGGAUUCUUUGGAACUACACCUUGGAAAUACAGAUGCUCUUUCAACAGACACAUGCUUUCUCGAGAUCAUUUCCUAUCAGCAAGGAUGCUCUCUUAUGCACAUUUGUGUUGCCAUAUUAUUUGACAGCAGAAGCCCUCCUUGACAUGCUGGUAGACCUGCAGCAGAGCAAAUCUAUUAAGAUUUUGGAUGACAAUAAAGAUUUCGGUGUUCCAAGUGUUUAUGGAAGCAUUGAAGAUGAUAAUGGGGGCUUUAACCUGACUUUUGAAGAUCCUUUUGAUGAUACGAAUGUGGUUGAUUUGAAGUAUAUUUCUAACUUCAUCUUUAAAACUUUGGAAAUUUUGUACAGAGUGGGAAAAUGGGAAUCACUAGCACAUAUUGCCCUCUAUUUCAACGAAAUUACACAUGAGAGGUAUACCGAACAGGUGACACCAUUGUUAGUCUAUGCUCAGAGAAACCUUUUGGAGAGAAUCAAGAAAUUCAGUGGCCAAGAUACGAUCAAGAUAGAAAAUGAGAUUGAGGACAAGAUAAACCUCCGCCAUAUUAUUGGUAAACAGCCCCAUCCUGCUUUUCAGCCUAAUGAAGCAGGAUGGCGUGAAGGCUUUAUUGAUUUUGACCAAGGUAGAGUUCAUUCAGAGAUGUAUAAAGCAAACAGACUAGUGUCGGUGCCCUUGAAUGUGAAAGAAACUUUGAGGUACUUUAGAGAAACUUUGGGGAGAUCUAAGCACUGCAACAGGUCUCUGAGAUAUAGCAGAAAACUGCUUGCUUUGUUCCUGGCCCACACACAAGAAAACAGUGGAGGGAUAAACAAUCCCAAGUUCUUUUAUGGAAAAGUGGAAUUUGAUGUUGGAGUUGAAGAGAUAUAUUUGCCGACACCCCCUGACCUUUCCACUGAAAAGUUUGCUCUUUCUACUAGAGUGGAGAGCAAGAAGCUUUCUCCUUCACAAUUUCAACUUGUUAUAGCUUCUUAUGAGAAAACUAUUGAUACUCUUGAAAUCAGCAAUCAAACAGAUCUCAAGAUACAGGCAUUACAUGAGCUUGGAAAUCUUCACAUCUAUGCAGAAAACAGAAGGGCAGCUUAUAAAUGCUGGAGCCAAGCCCUUGAUGCCAUCCUCAAAAAACCAGAUGUUCUCCAUACAUGGAAAAAGUUGGCCAACCCCCCCAAAACCCCUCUUGAUAUGGUCAUGGAUGCAAACUUCAUCGGUUACAGUGAGGAAUUUCUGUUGAAAGCUGGUGUUUGGGGAUGCUUGCUGGGAGGGAUUAUAGCAGCAAAAAUGGCACAAUACAUUUUGAUAUCAAACGUGAAUGAGAGGACAGAAUGCUGCAUUUUUGCUUCCUUUUUUUUUAAGGGUCUGCUUAAAACCUCUCUAAUAUAUCCCAAGUAUGACCAUGAGUAUGCCCAGUAUGAAAUUAGCCAGCUCACUCCGGGCCUGGAUCUUUUUUGCGACCAUCACAGAGUAAAUGUGAACAUGGUCCUCAGCAGUCUAAUUUAUCUCAGUUAUGAGCUCCAUUCUGUUAACCAGAACCUUAUCAUUCUACCGCUCCUUUCAUUAUACCAAUAUUUUGUCUCAGAAGUUUGCCAAGAUGUAUGUAAAUGCAUGGAUAUAAAGCUUCUUAAGAUCGAUGUCCUUAUUGACUUAGGAUUCUUUUCUGAAGCUUAUAAUGAAAUAUAUAAUUUUUGUCCUGGAAAAAGCAGCUUUUAUACCACCUUUACAGGUUCCAAAAGUUUGGGGAAAGCUAAGCCAGUCCCACAGCCAUUUGAAACAGGAAAAAAUUAUAUGUCCAAAGGAAAUAUACAGGCCCUGGAAGAGUUAUUGAAUCGAGGCCACCCCGGAUGUGCAACUACACUCUGCCAUCCAGCCUUAAACUAUAAGUAUACUUUGGUCAAAAUGCGCUUUUUCAUCAGUCUGGCAGAAAGAAUAAAUUGCCUGCCAGAAAGUGAUGUGAAAUCAUUCUUCCAAGAUGGUUCCGAAAGAAGCAAAAUCCACAUCAUGUUAAAUAAAGAAAAUGCAAAAGACGAACCUAUGUCAUUCGUUACUCUGACCAAAGCCAAAGAGGAUUUGACUCCAAGUAAACUAAAGGGAAUUUUACUUACAGAAGCUGAAGAAAAGCUUCUCAUGCUGAUAGAAAAUGCAGAGUCAACCAUCCACAAGAGGGUAAUUCAGUUUAACCCAGUAGAAUUAGAGAUCAUGAUUGAGGUCAAGCUACAGCUAGCCGCAAUUGCAUUGCAGAGGCAGCAAGCGCCAUUCAGCACUUCAAUAGCUUUUACUGCAAUUAAAAGUCUUCAGAAUGCAGAAAUUUUUCGAAAGACAAAAGAAGAAGUUUAUAAGUGCCAGGAUGAACUUGAUGCCCUGGAGCCUCUUGGGAUGACGGCCCGAGAACAUCUGAACAUCCACCUGUGGCUGAGGUGCCGUCUGGCCUUGCUGAGGGCCUCUGUGGCACAUAUCCGCGGCAUGGGGGUCAUGAAAGAAAAUGACGUGACUGACAGUAGAAUUCUGAUAAAUGAAGUGCUCACAGAGACACAGGAUUGGAACGACACUGAGAUGCAGGCGGAGGUUCUUGUGCAGGCUGUCAAACUCGAUCUACAAGAAAGAUACUCUGCAGCUGAGAUCAUAAAGAAUCUGCAGGACAUAAUACAUUUACUUCAAGGAAAACCUUUUGUUUCUCCUCGAGGCAUAAUAAUACUUAUAAAGAGCCUGGUCUUGAUGGAUGAUUUAAUGAAAAUUGAGGAGCCUCAGAAAUAUCUCUCUCCUGGAAAUGAAAAUUUUACUUUGUUAAAUCAGGCUCAUGAACUUAUUAUUGAACAGGUUCUAUUUUUGGGAGAGAUGAUUAAAUUGGCUUCUUCAGACUCUGAAUAUUCAAAUAUCGUUUACCCUUUGAAAAACAUUUUUAUUCCACAUAUCCAUUUAAUGGCAAAAGUAAAUAUGAGAAUUGCUCAUAUGUUAGCCAAGCAAACAGCUUCCUCCCAAGAAAGAGAUCCUUCUAAAUGGUUACCUAUCAUUCAUCUUUUUGAGAUAGCAUUGCUUCAUUGUAGGACAGCCGCAAUAGAAGGUGAAUUGGAAGCUGAAAUUCUUUUUGAAAAAGGCAAAUUAGAACGUCAGCUAUUUAUGGCAGAUGAAACAAGGCCUAUAUCCUAUGACCUCUUUGAUGCUAUAAAAACAAGUCUGAAAAAUGAUCAAAAUUCAGGGUUGAUAAGGAAAUCCUACCUGGAAAUAGCCUUGUUAUAUUUUCAUUUGGGGAAUCUUAAGCAGUCCUUUUUAAAAAAUAAGGUUUCUUUUCAAAGCCAAAUGCCAGUAAAGGAAACAGUAACAGAGAAAAAUGAUGUGUACCUGAUAUUGUCCUGGAUAGCAAUCCGAGCUGCUUCACAGGUCAGUGAAGCUACAAUAAUUGCUCAGAAGCUAAUUGGACAGAAGAGAAUGUUGGACAAAAUUAAAAUGGUCUUCCACCAGAAUAUCCCAGAAUUUGCUGUUGUGGACCUCAUUUCUACAUAUAUAGAUUAUUUGACUGCUAGCUUUAAAGCUGUCUUCAAGUCCCCCUUUCCCUCUCCGAACCACUCUGACACCAUUCUGGACACUUCUGUUUUGGAACAAGAAUUUGAAACCACUGAGAGUGAAGAACCUGAAGAACAGAAGCCAGACAUCUCCUGGGUCCACCUGGUCCGUUACUAUACUCACCUGCUAAGAAUUAACAAUAUGAAUACCCUUCUUGCUUCUCCAAAGCCAGUUUUCUUGGCCGAUGAAAUAUUCUACACUUCCAUUUUCAAUGAAGAUCUGGUUUUACGUCAGAAAGAAAUGCACAAUUUCCUCAAAAAAUUCUUAAGUCUUUUUAUUGCAGCCUGUAUCGAGCCAUUUCCAAAAGAUCUUGCCGCUGUAGAAAGAGCAUUAAAUAUCGAAAAACCCCAAUAUAGGCAAUCCCUUAAGGUGGGUCAAGAAAUAUCUGUGCUAGUAGAAAAAUUUGCAUCCUCUAAGACGGCAAUUCCAACAGAGUCUAUAGUGGAUUUUUCUUUAUAUACUGUAAGCAAAGACCUUUGCUUUCAGUGGUACCUGCCCCCUCUAGAAAAACCUCCAAAAGAAACAGAACCUAUGAUAAUAUUACUAUACGCUUUUAACACCAAACCAGUCAAGAUUGUUGAUGCCUUUGACUUCAGUUCCAGCUCUCUAUAUUCUGGAUUUUUCUGGCUUCCUCUGAAGAAAGUUAUGGACUUACAUGACAAACUCUCUAACCUCAGGCAAAAAGCUGAAAUAUUGUUGUAUACGUAUCCAUUGUCUCCAGACAAACCCCUCACUUUGGCACAAAUCACUCCAGAUGUCCCGGAAAAUAUCUUACUCACUAAAGAAAUGAAGGAUAUAUUUUUUGAGUGUUGCAGUGAAAUAGAAUUCCUACUUUUGAGACGUGAAGGUUUAUCCCUACAAAAUGAGAUGCCAUCUGAGGCAACUUUGUCCACCGUAAUGAAGCUGGAGAUGCUUUUUGAUCCCUCUAACGGCUGUGUCUUAAAGUCAGAAGACAUUUUCAAGUGGAUUACAGCUCUUCUGAAAUAAGCACUCUUUAUAUUGCAAUCUUUACAAGGACGGAGGAAAUUCAAUAGUGUUUUGUUCCAAAUUAGCUUAAAAUUAUGGUUAUUAUGGUUUUGCUAUUUUAAAAAAACAAAAUAAAGGGUGUCUUCCCUUUU